CUACUUAAAAAGACUAAAGUGGUUCCUUAUUCUGCCAAUACGUCAACCCUCUCGUCGUCUGGCUUCCUUCGCCGCGCGAGCGCGCACAUGGGCCAAAAAGCCCAACAAAAUCCAUCUACUCCUUUCUCUCGUUCAGCCGUCUCUCUCUCUCGCUUCGUCCCCGAGGAACCCAAACCCCUAUCUCCCCCAACACCACCACAUCCCCUACCUGUGCCCCUUCAACGGCGCCGCCUCUCCCAGGGAUGGAGCCGGACAGGGACAAAGCUGCUUUGUCCCGUGGCUGGUGCCAGCAGCGAAUGGCUCAUGGUGCCUCUGAUGGACGAGUGCGGCAAGACGAGGAAGGAGGAGAUCGACAUCGACGCGAUGGCCGCAGCCUCCGAUAGUCCGAUCCUUGAUGUGAUCCUUUCCAACGGUGCCAAGGCAUCCAUGCCAGUUCUUUGCAUUGAUGGGGAUGUCUGCAAUGAGGAAUCAUUGAGAAAAUUAAAGAGAUAUGCUACCUUUCUGGAACAUGCUACCUUUGUUGAUCUAUUUGCCCCGGUGAGGAAUCAUUGAGAAAAUUAUCUACACAAGAGUUGGUUAAGGAUGUAGCUAUUAGAUCUGUGGCUUCUCUGAUGCCUCAUAUCAUCCUUUUUGAUGGGGCACGUUACUGUUCAAUGCUGUUUACUGCAAGGUGGAUCAAACUGAAACAAUUGCCUCAUUAGAUUUUAUAAGUAUGCCCCCUCAUGAUAUUUUGGUAUGAACUGACUCAAUCCAA